AUGCAAAACGAAAACACGGAGGAAAUUAACGGGAUGAAAAUAUAUCUGACGAAAUUGGCCAUCAACGAUAAGACGCUGGAGAAAAUCCGGGAGGAUUUUCAACUGAACGAGAACGGGACAAUGAACGUCGUCAAAUUUCGCGAAAUGUUGGAAUCCAAGUACAAAAUCUUUUUGUUGGACGAUGAUUUCAAAUCGAUGUUCGCUAAAAUAGAUGUUAAAAAAGAAGGCUACAUCACGUUUUUACAGUUUGUCACUUAUUUGUCGACCGAGUCCGAGUUGAAGCGCAAACGAAACGAACAAAAUUCGGGGAUAUCGACGUUGAAACUGACGCCGAAAUUGUUGCCGAACAAACCGAUCGUAGACAACAAAAACAAACUACACAAGAUAACGGAGAUAGUGUUCUCCACGCUGAUGGAUCGCAAGGGCAAAUACGUGGUUAUCAGCGAGAUGGGAGACAUUUUGGUGUACACGUCAGAAUUAAAUUGGAAAGUCACACACAAGUGUUCUAAGGUAAUUCCGUAUGCUAUUACGCUAAUACGUAUGAUAUUUGGUGUCCGGUAUCGGAAACGAAAAUUCCCGCGCGAGGAUUUCGCAAACGCCUACUCUCGUAGUGGACGCGUCGCUGAAUAUUAUAGGCUGGGAACCAGAAUUAUUCUCGAAUUAUUCGUGAGCUUAAAUGGUAUAAUUGUAGGUAUAUAGUUUACAAGUUUUAUUUGCUCGUAAUGGAAAUCACAUAAAUUUGACUCAAAUGACCGAAAAUAUAAUGUAAAUAUUAUAAUAAUAAUAAUAAUAAUAAUAUGUAUAAUAUUAUGUUAAUUACGUUAGUGUAAUAAAAUUCAAAAAUAUUAAUUUGGCUGGCAGUCGGCUGUCAGCAUUGACAAAUUGACAUUUAAUAUUAAAAUAACUAUCAACGUAUAGCAUACACACACACACACACACACACACACACGCACACACGCUCACACACACACAUACGUUCAUACUCUAAAUAUAUGGUUAGUCGGUAGUGUUGUAUGUUAUAGUGCGGCUUUGUAAGGGUGACACUGGCGCUUUCAAUUUGUUUUAUAUCGUUCUAUUCGCGUUUUUAAGACUAUGCGUUUCGGGCAAUUUCAGAUUUUUGCAAGUUUUUUCAUAAAGAAAAUACAGAUAACGAAAAGGUUCUGUACCGUGAAAAGUCGCCAACCGACCAGAGAUAGUUCUCAACAUAGUGUUUAUAGGACAAAAAUUCGAUUUCAUAGCCUGACUUUUGUGUGAACGCGAGUACCAUCAGUAACGAACGGAAAGGUCCUACACGGCCGUGUGCCGCUGUCAACGGAAAUCGCAUACUCCGUGCGCAAGCGAGGGAUGUAUUGGCUUCGUUAUGACGCGCGCAUUUCUCCCAUCUAGAACACUGGCACACACGCCCAUCGCAAUUAUCAUCUGUGUUCUUUUUGUUAUGCACUCCAAUAAAGAAAGUAUCCCCGAGACACUAAUACAACAAUAUACCGUUAAACAAAGUUGUAUACACAAAUAUGUAUACGUAUACACGUACUGAACACAUACAUAAUUGAAACCGAUCCUUUAAUACCAAUACAAAUGCAUAUAAUAGUGGAUUUUAGUGUAUUAUAGUGAAAUGCCUCAGAUCGAAUAUUUAAAACUAUUUUCUGGAUACUAUUGUUUGGAAAUCACUCAACAACACCCGUUUGUUUUAAAUUCUAAUCUCUCGCAUCAUAAUAUAGCGGCUGCUGGUGAGUUGCGGCGUGGCGUGUUAUUUUCGAUGCCGAGAACGGCGAAUACCGGCCCGGUAAACCGUUUGGCUGUAGUUUAGUCGCGGCCCGAGAAACCCCUUCGUUGUACAUUUUAUUGUAACAUAAUAAACCGCGUUAGGUUUUCACUCGUUACGAAACACGUCGUUUUACAUCAGUGUCAUUCUAAAUAUCUAUUGAUGGAUGUAUAGUUGAUAUAUUUAUUGAAAUCAAAUCCGAGUCUUGUAUAAAAUCCAGAAGUGAUGGAUCAAAAACCAGGGAAAUUUAUGUAAAAAAAGCGUUUAUCAGACAGCAGUCGAGAGAGCUGGUACAACAAGAAAUUGGUCAGUUUGGUUUCGUUAAAUUGUUGAGUUUUCGUCCAAUCGAUAAUCUAAAAUAAUACUAAAAAUGGCGAAAAACCUCGUCGUUAGGAAAAAAAAAACACACACACACACACACACUUUUGGGCGACGACUCAGUAAAACUACGCGUGAUUUCACCUGAGUAACGCUAACGGUCUGGCAUUAAGCGAUAAUUGUCACGUGGCCGCAAUUCGUACGGUUCUCUCGCGAGCUCGGGCCGCAACUCGCCGACACCGCCGAUUAUUAAAACGCAUCGAUCAGCGAGAAAUUAUUUUUCCUAUAUUAGCCGUGCAUAAAGAUAACCUGUAUACUGACGCUGGCGGAUUUCAACGUCGUGUGUUUGUUCACCGAGGAUCAGACGCUCAAGUUCUACGUGUCGACAAAGUUCGAACUGUGCCUGAGUAUCACGGAUUGGCCGCACACCAUUAAGUGUCUCGCGUAUUCGCAGAACACCAAGUCCGGUUCGAUGAUGGCGGUCGGUGACAGAGGGGGCACGGUGCACACGUUUAAAUUCCCGGUGUCGGAGAAGAAGAACCCGUUCCGUGGGCGAGUCGGCACCACGGGCGCGCCACGGUCGUUCAGCUAUACCAACAUGACGUUCGGCGAAGCGAACGAGUACAGUUUGACGACCAUUAAUUUGGUCCGGUUCCCCCGGCUGCACCCGGCCGGUGUGGAACAGAUGGAGUUCUGCGACUCCGGCAAGUUCUUAGUGUCCAUAUCCUACGCGCCCAGCAAGUCGAUCGCGUAUUGCUGGGUCGGCGCCAAGGCCACUAAGAAACGAGACAAACCCACGCCGAUCAACCGUUACGUGUCGGUGCCGGACCGAUUGUUUUGCGUUUGUUCGGCGGGUAAAGGCUUGGUGGCCGUCGGAGGUGUGGACCUGAUGGUGCGGCUGUUAGAUUUCGACGAAUGCUUCUCCGACGGGAACCCUAAGAGCGCCCAGCUCCUGGGCCACGACACGGCCAUCCACCACCUCUUCUACAACUACACCAACUGUCGCUUGUACUCAGUGUCCGCGGACCGCACCGUGAAAAUAUGGGACGUCAACAGCAUCGCGUGCGUACUGACGUUCGUCAAGGCAGCCGUUAUGACGAAAGCGAUUGGCCUGAAAUUCGUGCCCACCCAUUUCAAUCAGUGCGAACAGAAGAUCGUGAUGGCCGUCGGCGACGAGUUCUUGACGAUCAAGUGCGCGGACACGGCCACCGACAACAGCGUCGUAGAAAGCGAUUCCCACGACGAGGCCGUCCUAAAGACCAUGUACUGUCGACUGUUCCGUGUGUUGAUAUCCGUGUCGACCCUGGAUUCCACUAUCGCGGUGUGGAACCCGUUUACCGGCCAGCAGAUCCACAAAUGGUCCAUGGCGCACAACAAGCAAGUGUACGGCGAAACGAUUCCGGUCGAGAUCACGGCCGCCACUUUAGACCCGUCCGGUGGGCUGCUGGUCACCGGAGCCGUAAACGGUACCGUUCACAUGUGGGACCCGAACAGGGGCACGUGUCUGAACCGUCUGCACAUUCCGUCCCGCAACCGGAUAUCCGAUAUCGUCUGGCUGCCCAACAAGGUGCGUGUGUCGAUGACCUUCACCGGCAAUUUAUAUCUGUCCAUCGAGCGGAGUAGUUACCCGCCUGGGGGUUCCACUCGUUUUAGAAGUGAUUUUUUUUCGCACUCGUACAUAGCUUUAUUACCCGCGGUUUUAUUCGCCACUUCACCCGUGUGCAGUUUAUGUGUCUGCACAUAGUAUGUGUUUAAUAUCUUCCGAGGGCUUCCUCAUCGGGAAGCAUUUAGACCUCCGGGGAGGCUAUUAUUUCGGUCCGAGUGUAUGCCUACCGCAGGCAGUUUUCCAUUCGAAAAAAAUGUCCAUGUUUUCCGAAACCGGCUGUACGAGCCCAAACCACUGUCAAAGAGGAUGUUUCUCGAUGGACGCCUACAGUCCAUUGUGAAACUGUCGAAUCUCAACUACAGCCCGACAUUAGCAUUAAUGUUCGGUGGCGCCACUGGAUCAGUGAUUGAGCGAAUGAGUGAACGGGUUUCUCCUUUUUUACGUACAGAUUAAAUUACGGAACAACUGUCAAUGCGAAAUCGUAUUAUAUCGCGUGUGUCACGGAGUCGACAAUUUUUUUUUUUUUUUAGUCGUUUUUAAAAAUUGAACGGCAAUGAUUAAAACCGAUCAGUUUUAACCAUCGGCCAGUGAAAUUAAAAGAUCCGCGAACGCAGUUAUUUUCUAGAGAGCUUUUAAAAUUGAUAACCGCCUAACCUAACCGGUACACCGUACACCAUACGCAUUCUAUAUAGUAUAAUAUAGGUGCUGAUAACGAGCUGGGACGGCAAGGUGACCGAGUUCAAUGAACCGUUGUUGGUGUCCAGCGGAAAAGUGUGGCUGUCGAGUCACGACGACGCGGCGCUGAGCGCGUGCGGAAAACUGCCUUCGCUGUUCGUGACCACGUCGCUCGCCGGCGAAAUCGGUUUCUGGCGGCUAGAGACGGGCCAACUGAUCAAGAUACACAAAGCACGGCUGAGGUCGGACAGCAGUAUGAAGCACUCGAAAUCGUCGACCUCGGCGAGCAAGAUGAGCACGGUAUCGCCGAGCUCCAUAUCGUACAACAGCCGGUCGUCCCGGAGUAUCGCGGACGGCGCCAACCCGGCGGAGACCAGGGAGGAGACGUACAGGAGACUGAACAUCAAGUACACGCCCAAGGGGCAUUUCGCGGCCGUCGCGUCCAUGUUCCUGCGGGCCAGGCCGGAUGCCGAACGGGUGGGCACCCUGUUCAUAUCCGUCCGCAACGGCAUGGUGCAGCUAUGGUCCACGUACAAGGUGCCAAAGUACGUUGCGCAGUUCACGGCCAUACACCUGGACGACGAUUACGUGACGGCCAUGGCUUCGGACCCGAAAAACGAUUACCUGUUCACUAGCUUUUACAGCGGCUACGUGAAAACGUGGCACAUCGCGAACUUCGGCCGCCCCGUCACGGUCGUCCAACCGUUGUCCAUGCCGAAGUUGCGGCAGCGGUUCCCGUUCUUGUUGGCGUCCAUGUUCAUCGGCCGAGCCGAGCGCGCCGCCAUUAAAAACCCGUCCGGGCCGCUGUUGUUCAGCUCGUACAAGGCUCACGUACAGUGCAUCCGUCACAUCGAUUACAUUGACGAACAGGAGCUACUGGUGACCAGCAGCGCUGACAGGAACAUCCGGAUCUGGACGUUGGCCGGGCACUACGUGGGCACUUUAGGUGAGUUUCGCGGUUCCUACGUUUUUAUACUGCACAGGCAGGCGGCGUCUUUCGACUUUCACCGUAGUCAAAAGACGCCUGCCGCGACGAAAAAGGUCAUGUUUCACUUUGUCCAACUUCUGAUCUCAUCUAUUGGACGAGUAUGGAAAUACCACGUUUUUCGUGGACGGUGCUGAAAAAAAUACGCGACUUUGAAUAUACAACUUUAAGGGUACGACCUUUUUCGUUGCGGUAUGCCACGGCAGGCGAAAUGUAUUAUUAAAAUUUAGGCUCUCGGUGGCCGUCCAUUUCGAGGAUCGGCGUGGUAAAUAUGACGGAGUUCAUAAUUCCCAGCGAAGUCAGACGGCAAGCGUCUUUUACUACGAUCAAAGUCUUGAGCGACGGCGUGAAUUCGGCUUUGCGGUCGCCAGAGCUGUGGACAAAACUGGUGGAGUCUAGAGAACAACGGAAAUUGGAAGGCGCGAUUGACGACAUUGUACCGUACGGCACCAAUUGCCCGCAAAACCCGCUAUCGGGUCUCGAAUUUAUGGACAGUAAGAUAACAACGAUACACAUGGAACCGACUCAAAUCAAAAUCAAUGGUCCCAGAGUAGCGAUUUCUAAAUACUUACCGAUUGCCAAUCUCGCCAUUAUUAAAAAGCUUGAAGUGUCCGACAUAAAACAAACGAUGUCUAAAAAUAAAAAAGGUGUGAAAUUCCGAAAUCUACAAUCCCGGAAUAUACAAUUCUCGAGAAAUUAA